AUGAGCGACCACCUCAAGGACGUACCCGAAUUUUUCGAGGUCGAACUAGGAGAAAGUUUAAUUUCGCGUACCGAGUUUUUGACGUCCUUCAGAGAACUAGGCCCGCCAGAUCUAUGUCACCUCAUCAAGACCACCAGCAAGCCUGGCUCAAAACCGCCGACAACCACCAAUGGCGUCGAGCGUGAUUUGGGGAGCUAUCAUUAUGUUAGUGGGGCCGAUGCUAGCAGUAGUGCCAGCUUGGCAGCUUACUUAGUGGACGUUCGAGUGGAAGUGAAGAUCCCCGGAGGGGUCGAUGCCUAUCUGAUCGAUUUACGGGGCGAAAAACAUGAACCCACCCCGGUGAUCUGGACUGAAACAUACGUCUCGGCUAUCUUGAGAGCGAUCCUAUACGCCGACGACCCGAAUUACAGGCUGGCCGGCUUCAGGAAAAUCGAUCCCAUCACGACGCCCGAGGGCGAACAAAGAUUCUUACGGGCUGUCCAGGAGAUCUUUUUCAAAGGAUGGCAACUAGGCAGUGAUCCGGAGAUUCAAGUGGCGACUGUGAUCUCCAAUCACCUCACAACAGGUAUCAUGAAAUAUUUUGGCGAUGGUUUUCGAUGGGGACCAGCAGUCAAUUUGUUCGAGAAACUAGCCGUAAAGGAGGUCGAGGUAGCUGCUCUGUUAGCUCAGGCUUAUUUGGGAAUGAAUGAGGAAGUAAAAGCAGUCCAGGUCUUGCAUCGUGCACUUGAGGACAUGCCCCAAUCAUACGCUCUGCUUCAUGUCCAAUGCGACUUUCUCAGAUCCAAAGGAGGACAGUACACGGAAUGGGCUCUCAAACUAGCCAGACAAGCGGUCAACUGUGCGCCGAGUGAAUUCAUCACUUGGGCAAAGCUUACGGAAGUUUAUAUUGAACUUGGCAUUGCUCACCCUGAAUUCUUGUCCGAUGUUUACCUACAACGAUCGAGAUUUGCAUCGGAUGCCAACGCCCUCACGCAGUCACUUACCCAUCAAAACAUUUAUCGCAGAGUCCCAAAUCCUUGA